GGGUCGCUGUGCUGCUUGUAGUGCUUGUGUGGAGCUGUUUUCGAUAGUUUUGUGAUUGUGUUACGUGUAAAAGUUAUAAAUUAAUAUCAUAAUUGUGUUUUAGUUACUCAAUUUUUGUUAGAAAAUGGCAAUGCAACCACAUAGCAAGAAGAGAGUGUGCUAUUACUAUGAUAGCGAUAUUGGUAACUACUACUAUGGGCAGGGCCACCCCAUGAAGCCGCACCGCAUACGUAUGACUCAUAAUUUAUUGUUGAAUUAUGGAUUGUAUAGGAAAAUGGAAAUCUAUAGGCCGCAUAAAGCAACUGCAGAUGAAAUGACCAAGUUCCACUCGGAUGAUUAUAUCAGAUUCCUUCGGUCAAUUCGGCCAGAUAAUAUGUCUGAAUACAACAAACAGAUGCAAAGAUUUAAUGUUGGAGAAGAUUGCCCAGUAUUUGAUGGACUAUACGAGUUUUGCCAACUAUCAGCGGGAGGUUCUGUAGCUGCUGCAGUCAAGUUAAAUAAACAGGCAUCAGAAAUCUGUAUCAACUGGGGCGGUGGUCUCCAUCAUGCCAAAAAAUCAGAAGCAUCUGGAUUCUGUUACGUGAAUGACAUAGUCUUGGGCAUCCUGGAACUACUCAAGUACCACCAGAGGGUUCUGUACAUAGACAUUGAUGUACACCAUGGAGAUGGAGUUGAAGAGGCGUUUUACACCACAGACAGAGUUAUGACUGUGUCUUUCCAUAAGUAUGGAGAGUACUUCCCUGGCACAGGUGAUCUACGUGAUAUUGGAGCUGGCAAAGGAAAAUACUAUGCAGUGAACAUCCCACUCCGAGAUGGCAUGGAUGAUGAGUCUUAUGAAUCAAUCUUUGUUCCAAUCAUCUCCAAAGUCAUGGAGACUUUCCAACCGAGUGCUGUAGUGCUGCAGUGUGGUGCUGACUCUUUAACAGGUGACCGACUGGGGUGUUUCAACUUGACGGUGCGAGGGCACGGGCGGUGUGUGGAGUUAGUGAAGAGAUUCGGACUCCCAUUCCUUCUAGUUGGCGGUGGAGGUUACACAAUUCGUAACGUAUCUCGCUGCUGGACUUACGAGACGUCGGUUGCGCUCGGCGUAGAGAUCGCGAACGAGCUGCCCUACAACGACUACUUCGAGUACUUCGGGCCAGACUUCAAACUCCACAUAUCACCGAGCAACAUGUCUAAUCAGAACACGCCAGAGUACCUGGAGAAGAUCAAGAAUCGACUGUUUGAAAAUCUAAGGAUGUUACCACACGCGCCUGGUGUACAGGUUCAAGCAAUACCAGAAGAUGCUGUAAAUGAUGAAUCAGAAGACGAAGACAAGGUUGACAAGGACGAAAGAUUGCCACAAAGUGAUAAGGACAAACGCAUCACCGGGGACGGCGAGUUAUCCGACUCGGAGGACGAGGGCGAGGGCGGGCGCCGCGACAACCGCUCGUACCGCACCGCGCACUCCGCGCACUCCGCGCAGCCGCGCAAGCGCCCGCGCCUCGACAAGGAGCCCGGCCCGCUCAAGGACGAACUCAAACCUGAAGAUUCAAAGGAUGACCUAAAGAAUUUAAGCACAGUGGAGGAACCAAAGAAAGAAGUCCCGCCCAACCCCUGAUGCGAGCGGCAGGGCCACGUUAAGAUUAGCCUUAGUUCAUUACGAUAUGAGAGCGAUAUAUCGUGAAAUUUUACUCACCCAGUAUAUCUGACUGCCUUCAUUGUGUGUAAUGAUAUGCAGGUAAGGCUCUCAGAUAUUUUGGCAAGUAAUAAAUAAAAUAAGGAUUUUUUGUGAAAAGGGAAUUCAAUCGGGCCAGGCACAUCAAUCCGAGCUUUUUGGUGCACAAAAUAAGUGCCUACAUUAAUUUAUAGGCAAAAAUAGGUCGGUGAAACUUCAUAAUGAUGAAAUACCGAAAUCUAGAUGCUUCCGAACCGAACUUAGCAAUACAAGUUUGCUAACAAAUUCGUUAAACUCGAUCAAGAAGUCGAAAAGACAGACAAGAGAUCUCGAAUUAAAGUGUUAAGCGAGGUUUAGACUAGCAAGAACUUGCAUGCAAUUUACGUUACAUUGCGGUAUCUGAUCUCACUUUUGAAUGCAGUUCACCUUUUAGUCGGCAAUGUAACGUAAAUUGCAUGCAAGUUCUUGCUAGUCUAAACCUUACUUAAGAAUUCUCUGAAUCUUAGAGGAUUGUUUUCUGUAGAAUAGAUUUUGUAUUACAUAGUUAUGUAAUGUAUUUGUAUUUUGUAUAUUUUAACAGAGUGAAUAGUUAUAAUAGGGAGCACACAAAAAAGUUCUGCUAAAUUAGCAGUUUGGUUACAUAAUAUUAGUGAUCCUUCAACCUAUAUUUUGUAUGGAUUGUCUAGUAACUCAGAAAAUGCCAUCUGACAUCAACAAUAAUUUUAUUUGAUGUGAUCACUAUUAUAAUUCUCUACUCUAUAAUUUUACCAAACUGAUAAAGAAAUAAAAGAAAGCAAUAAUUUAGAUAGCAUCCAACAACCAUACAUAUAAUUUAAAGAUAUUAUUUUCGGACCAAUACCCAAUAAAUAAGCCAAAAAACAAUUUAUUCAAUAUUCUUUUAUAAGAAUUAAAGGUUGCAAAUUUUACACAGGAAAAGAGAAUAAUAAAUCUAAAAAUAAUUCCUUAUAAUUGUAUUUUUUUUUUCCUUUUCUAGUCCAAAUGACGUCAAAGAGAUUUGUUCAUGUGACAGGUUAUAUUUUUAAAGUUGAAUGCAGACACACGGCGCAAGCGGGUGUGAGCGUGACUGUGACUAAGCGUGCCCGCUGCGGUGUGAAUGCUCGGCGGCGGGUCCUACGUGGUCCAUUUUAGGCCGGGCUCGUGCGCGCGUUUUAUCUACCUUGAGAUUUUAGUUUAUUACAACUAAAAUCUCACGCCCGCUCAGACCCUCGCACGCCCGCUCCCGCCUUGUGUGCGUUAAGCUUGAAGUGGUGUAAAAAAAUAUACCUUCAUUUUAUACUACUGAGUUGAUAGUACUGAUUGUUACUCAAGAGCAGUUUUUGAAUAUACUGCUGUAGCAAUGCAGAUUUCGUACUUUUACACGCCAUACCUUGUUGCUGAGGUACACAAAAUAUGAAAGGAUCUAAAUUUCAAAAAAAUAUUCGUAGUGGCUAGAUUUUAUUAUUGGAUGAUUAAAUGGGCGUCGCGUGUCGAUCCUGUAAAGUUCAGAUGUCGUUCUCAGGAAAUAUGUAUGUCGCCGUCUCAUUAUCACCACGUUGUUCAUACAUUUUAUGUAAUAGUCGUGGCAAAGAGGCAGACAUAUUUUCUGAGAUAGGCCAUUUUUUAUUCCGUCUAUUUUUAGCGCCUGACAAUCGAAAGAGCAUUAGUUGAAUUUUCUGUACCUAAUAAAAUGUCUCUAACACUAAACUAAGGAAGUGUUUGAAUUACUUUAUGAAUUUUCGCUAGUGGUAUCUUCGUAAAUACUGUAAGUUCUAAUUUAAUUUAUAGUUAUUUUUAAAGAUGAAGCAUUUAGACUGAAAUCGCUUAUUUGUGUGCAUCUUAUAAAGAUAAAUAAGCUUUUAUUUUUCUACAAUAAACGAUUACCUACAGUCACAGUGAGAGUAGGUAGUUAACGAUAUCGAUUUUAUCAAUUGGCGUAAAUUUGCUCUUCCGGCAUUCUAUUGUUUACUUAUCUAAAACAAUCUUACGACUAGUUACACAAAACUACCUGCAUUACAUACAUAAAACAUGCAUUAAGAAGAAGUAAUGGCACAACGAAGAAUUUGUGUAACUAGUUGAGAGUGCUGAUGCAUAUAAUAUAAAUAAAAUUGUUAGUGUAAAUGUAUUUGAACUGCUUGUAAAUCAGAUGCAAUGCAAUCACUUUUAGGUAGGGUAAUUGUCCGUAUUUGUGGUUGAUUUGUUGUAAUCUAAAAAUACACGACUACCCUUAGCCCUUUCAACGCCAUUUUUCAUACAAAAAUGUCUCCUACGUUAACAGGUUUCCUAAAAAUGCGGUAACAUGAAUCUUUAUUUAAAUGUAUGAAGGUCGUUUUGACAGCAUACGCCAUGUGUAGUUCCACGAACUCUUAGCACUGUGGGCAUAUUUUGUAACGUUUUUAGUUUCCUCGGCGUUGAGAGGGUUAAUCUAUUUUACAGUACAUAUGGUGCUACUUUACCGCACUAGUGCGAUAAUUGGCAUAUUACGUAACUAUGUCGAAAAUUUACUGUAAAACAUUGUUCGAUACAUGUGCGAAUAGGUAAUUCGCAACUCGUGUCGAUUUAAAACACUGCCUUCGGUCGUGUUUUAAUUUCCUAUUUUCGCACUUGUAUCGUAAUGUACUAUUAAACUGUCAAAUUAGUCAUGCAGUCAACAAAAUCAUUAGUAGUUUUUAUUAUUUGUAAAUUUCAAGUAAGCAGGUUACAGUUCAACGUUAUUAUAUUUUCUAUUGUUAAAUAAAUUGCUUCAAAAUUUGUCAUC